ACAAGAACAGUUGUCAAAACUCCAGCCAAAGGAUGCAGUGAAGACCAAAGAAACAACAGCAUAAGGAACAAAAUAAAAGCAGUUUUCAACAUCUUCAACAAGGCUUAAUCUUAGAGUGCCUUGUCCUGCCCCUGGAAAACACAAAUGGAAAGGAUUCAGCUGCUGCGAGCAUUUUUGCUCUGCCUGCUGUCUGUCCACUGGUGCCUGGCUAUGCCCCUGCAGAGCCAAUGUACCGAUGAAUCAUUCUGCACAUAUAGCUUACAUGAUUACCACAGCCAGUUGGUCAAUAUGCCCAGUCACAUCAAUGAGCGCAGUCUUGCCCCCUGGAAUUAUAUUGAAAAUAUUGACUUGGACCGGGUACCUCAAGUGAUACAUGAAGCCAGUUGCCACACGAGCCACUCCUGCAGAGGGCUGGACAACGCUUUUGGUCUUGAGACCAUACCUGUAGCCGUGAGAAUGCCCGUCCUCAAGAAGAACCCCAACUGUUUCCCGACGGCAAGCUACUCCUUAGAAUUUGAACUCAUCACCAUAGCAUGUAUAUGUGCUAUUUCCAGGCACAGUUAAACAGGGAUGG